UCUCUGGGAGGGGAGGAGGGAAGGGUGCUCUCAGUCUCAGCUAAGCGGCUGCUUUAGUCCCCCACCAUAAGCAAAUUCACAGAUGUCUCUGCACGCGUCUCAGCCAUCAUGAGAAGGCAGCCUGCUCCUGUGUGAGCCCCGGACAGAGUGAAGCAGAAAGAGAUUCAAAGAGAAUCAGCAAGGAAAAGGGUGGGAGGGAGAGCAGGAGAAAGAAGAGGAGAAGGCGAAACACAUGCAUCGUUUCUGCUCAUGAGCCCGAUCUGGUGUGUUUAAGCUCAAGAAGAGAAGAGAAAAGAGGGAGGAAAAUAAAUCCGUGGACCUUGAUAUCUUUUUGUUUUAAUUUUCUCUCUCUUUUUUUAAAUUCAUUCAAUGAAUGAAGGCGGCUCCUACUAACACGGCAGAGUAAAAGGAAGAGAUGCUUUGAAAGCGGUCUCUCAUUUGACAAGGGGCAAGAAAGAGAAACGGGGGGGGGAAGACGGCUUAAAGCAGGGACAAAAACUGGAUGUCUAGGAUGACUCGGAGUCGACUCGGAAGCUUGGAAUACGAGCCACACGCUGAAGUCUCUGAAUGAGGGGCCGGGUCUGAGAAUGUAAAACCGUAGGGAGAUUUUGGAUGUCACUCAUGACACAUCUUCCAUUGCGUUUGACCAUCUUGAGCUGCGAACAUCUCUGCUCCGCAUACAGAAGCGUCUACAGUCAAGCUCCAGACAAAAGCUGGUGACAGUAUCUGACGGCACAGGAGGACAGAAGAACACUGAAGGAGGGGCCUGGGAUUGCUCCUGCUUGAUUGGGGCUUUUGGUGGCCUGCAUGUGCAAACAGCCAGAGGGAGAGAAACGGGUAAACGUGAAGUAUCAUGGAGACAGUCACCGUUAGGUAGCCCAUCGAGCAUGGAGUUUCGCCUUCUCAGCCACACAUCAACAGCACCGCAAUGAACCAGUUCUGACUGUGGAUAAUCCAGAGCCAAACAACCAAUUAUUGAGAUGCCGAAGAGAAGAGAUAUUCUUGCCAUCGUGUUGAUCGUGUUACCCUGGACUCUACUCAUCACUGUUUGGCACCAAAGCGCUAUAGCUCCACUCCUCGCUAUCCGAAAGGCCUGUCACCACCUAGUAAAAGAGAUCUUUAUCAUUCCAGAGAGGCUUGCGGUCCACCACCACCGACUCUCAGAUGAAGGCGCCGAGGGCAGGAGGGAGGCUGGUGGUCAGGACUCCAAAGAAUACUGUGCCUCAGACAAGGACAUUGUGGAAGUGGUGAGGACAGAGUACGUGUACACGCGGCCUCCACCCUGGUCAGAUGUGCUGCCCACGAUUCACAUCAUCACUCCCACAUACAGCCGGCCGGUGCAGAAGGCAGAGCUGACCCGUAUCGCAAACACCUUCCUCCAUGUCCCCAACUUACACUGGAUUCUGAUAGAAGACUCACAGAGGAGAACUCCUCUUGUCACAAGUCUCCUCCGAGAGACGGGGCUAAACUACACCCACCUCAAUGUGGAGACUCCCAAGAACUUUAAGGUACGAGGUGACACUCGUGACCCCAGGAUUCCCAGAGGAACCAUGCAGCGGAACCUGGCCCUACGUUGGCUUAGGGAGACCUUCAAAAACAACAACAGCCAGCCGGGCAUCGUCUACUUUGCAGACGACGACAACUCGUACAGCCUGGAGCUAUUUGAGGAGAUGAGGUCGACUCGGAAAGUCUCGGUGUGGCCUGUGGCCUUCGUGGGCGGCCUGCGCUACGAGUCCCCCAAGGUAAAUGCAGCUGGAAAGGUCUACGGCUGGAAGGCGGUGUUCGACCCCCACCGGCCAUUUGCCAUCGACAUGGCUGGCUUCGCCAUCAACCUGAAGCUCAUCCUCUCCAAGCCACAGGCGUACUUUAAGCUCCGCGGGGUGAAGGGAGGCUACCAGGAGAGUAGCUUGCUCCGAGAACUUGUAACACUCAAUGACCUGGAGCCAAAAGCUGCCAACUGCACUAAGAUACUCGUUUGGCACACAAGGACAGAGAAACCCGUCCUUGUGAAUGAGGGGAAGAAAGGAUUCACAGAUCCGAACAUGGAGAUUUGAUUGUACUUCCCUCAAACUCUGAUGGUGGGCCUUGCAUCUGCAGUUGGGGGAAACAGUCAAGUUUUUAUAGAACUGUUCAACUGUGAUCAAGUCUUAAUUCUGAGGAAACAAAAUGGAGGAAUACGACAUGGGUUAAAAAUAUUUUUCAAAUAUGGACCAAAAACAUGUCAACUAUAUCAUAUCAAAGCACAGCAGGCAGAGGCAGCAGUCGUUCUUCGGAUCUACCACUGAAGAGCAAAGAGGACGGAUCUCUUAUGAGGUUUACCGCCACCUUCUCCAGGGUUGGGUGGGACAGCACAAUAUGAAAAGCUUACAGCCAGCAGACUGGAACAAGCAAGCAGGUCUGAAAACUAUUCUUCCUCUGCAAAUAACGCAAGGGAUCUGAAAGAAAUGGACCAGAAUCUGCACAUUGCACACAAAAGGAGAUUCAGGAUGUGGUACACAUCAUCAGUGCUGGAUUUAGAAAAAAAAAAAUGUUGAGUUCUCUUUCAGCAAGGAAGAAAUGUUGUUUUAAUAACUACAAAUGUUUGCUGUAAUUUAAUUUAACUGGUUUAGGAGUUUUAUGAACACUUGAUCUGCUAGUUCACCUGUGUUGACUCUUCUCUUCAUGUCCUGUUGGGUUAUCAUUGUCAACUUUACACCAUCAUUAAAACUCAUACAUAUACAGUGAGCCACAUAGGCGUAUACAUUUAAAAGACAAACUCUACCUUGGUGUUCAACAUGAGAAACAUAGUUGUCAAAAACUUAACACUCUUCUUAGCAUCUAAAAUGAACAUGGGGUUUUCUCUUGAGGAAGGGUUUAUAUGUAGUAAACAAAUAUGAGACCAAUCGGAGGCCUGGGGGAAAAUUUUGACAAAUGCACUGAACCAUUGUAUUUAUGUGAAUGAAAAGCUAUUAAAUUAUUGAAACUGAAAGAUAACACUCAGUUACUGUCUGCACUUGUCUUAUAAAAUACUGGUGGAACGUGUGAGACUUCAUUAAUAGAACAUUUAGUCUGUGGCACCUUCAAAAUGAAGAAUCUUUCAUUCAAGCUCAGAUUCAUAAAUGUCAACUCUUAGAGGCCCAAAAGUGUCACAUUGAAAUUAAUUUAUUAGAGAAAAAAUAUACCUUACCAAAGAUAUAAUUGAGAAAACAUGUCAUUAAUUAACUAAUAAUUUUGUGCUGCAGUGCAAAAUGAAUUUAGUUUUCCUCUUCUUUCUGCAUGCCCGUCAGUCCGCAGGCGGAGCUGACGCAGAUAUUCUGAAGAUAUGACUGAUUUGGUCUGAAGAAAAUUCUUUCACACGCAUGGACUCUCUGGUUAGAUAUCUUAUCUCAUUGCUGUAACAAAUGAUGAUUUUCCUGAUUUAUGUGCACAACUUUCAGACCAUUAUUCUGAUAAACAAAAUAUCUCUCGCAGGGCAAAUAGAGAUUAAAAACAUGUGGGAACGUCACCUUUAACAAAUUAAACAGUCUUUCAUAGCAGAAACUUUAUCAUUUAAUUCACUGAUUGCGUUUCUACUAUCUUACCUAGAUUAAUGCUACAGCAGCACCACCAGGAAUAGGCUGGAUGUUUAGACCUCCAGAAGGUUUUUUAUGCAGUGUCUAAAAAGGAGCCACUCAUAAUUUUGGGGUUGUUAGGAUUUGCCUUGGUAUGCUUCUGUGGCUGGAAUAGAAAUUUUGGUUAAUUAAAAUAAAAAAUUUGUACUCCUUAGGUUUUUUUUUAAAAGGAAACCUAUUCUAUGUAAGGUCAUGUUAUAAAGAAUCUAUUCACUAAUGGUGCUGAUCUGAUGCAGCUAUUUAAAAAUGUGUCAGUGGUUCUGAAAUACUGCAGCUCUUCUCAUUUUUACUGCCCAAAUUCUGGAUUCUGGUAACAUUUGAAGAUGUGACUGAGAGUGAAUGACCGGUAUUCAAAGUGUCUUUAUGAACAACAGACAAGCAAGUAAACAUUACAAAACAAAUAAAUAUUGCUAAUAAUCAAAUAUGGUCUUUUGCUAAAUUAGAAUGCAUUCACCACUGAAGUCUUAUUGGUAAUCAGAACUACAAUUCAGACUACUUUCCAAUACACUGCAGUACAUGAACAAAUGUAAUCAUGACCCAUUUAGGUAAAUUCUGUUAGAUGUCUUUAUGUAUUACUUUGUGGUACUUUUGGCUCUCCAUAUAUCUAAAUCCUAACUCUGUUAAUUUUAUUUUGUCUGGGCACAUCAAAUCUGCGUCAGAGUUUGGCUAAAUGCCAUUGUCUAUGAAUAUUAAAAAUAAAAAUAAAAAAGAUAAAAAAUCAAGUUAAAAAGCAUAAACGUUAAUGCAUGGCCCUGAAAAUGUGAUAUAUGUAUAAAAAAAAAUAAAAAUAAAAA